ACAAUAAAACAUUAAAUUAGUACUUGAGUUUAAUACAGAGUUUGGCAUGUUUUAAACAGGAAACACAUUUGUGAAUUUACUACUGUCAUUCUGGCAAAAUCUUUGAUGGCAACUUUGUGUUAUUUUGGAAAUGCAUUAAAUUGAAAAAGUGUUAUUUGAAUUAAAACAUGGGAAAAAACUCGGACAAAACAUUGGCAUAAAACAUGAACGGGCAAAACAUAGACCAUGGACAAUACAUUAUUAUAAAAGUCAAAUACAACUGUUUUGCUAUAUACAUAUGAACUACUCUUAUCACAUAAAAUACAAACAAUCCAUUAAUACAGAACUUCCCCAUUAGGCCUUUUAAAUGCAUAUGCGUCAUAACUGCUUUCUCUUUACAUAUUCCCAUGACACCAGAAUCAUAAUGAAAUAAAAAAGUUCGACGCAAAUGACAGACACAUGGUUUGCAUUAGAACAGCUGCUUUAUAAAUGCCAUUGACGGCAUAUACUUCUACUUGUGCUUAGACUAAACGGUAUAAAAAGCACUAAGCGGUAUAAAAAGCAGAUUUCGUAUAUUGGUCCAUGUAUGUAGAAGGUGUUUUUAUAAAACAAGUUUAAAAUGACUAACUGUAACAGUUUAUGUAGCUAUGAAUUACAGAGUUACAGUUAUGUGUAUGUAAAAGCCUCAAUUUUGUUGGUUUCAACCAUAUUCUAUGUGGGUCAGAUCAAAAUUUAAGAUAGUAAGUGUAGUCUACAUUGUGUCCAACACAAUUAACAAAACUGAAUUGCAUUAUAUUCAUUAAUUUGGGAUUUUAAGCAAAAAAAUGGCCCACUUUUUGACCUGGGAUUUUAUGCAAAAAAAUGGCCCAUUUUUGUUUCGUUUUACUUUUAAAUACUUAAUCUUUUAACUUUAGAUAGUAAGUUUAAACACAAUAAACAAAUAGAAUCACAUUAUUUUACCAAUUUGUCACAAGUAAUGACUAGCCAAGAACGCACUGUCGCAAGUGGAGAUUUUCUCAACCAUAAUCGCAGCAGACGAGUAGUUUGUUUACCUGGUCACUCCGGUUGUACACUUCUCAUAGAUCCUUCUACACCAUUACGACACUGCACUCAACGUCGGUAUCGACCAUGGAGGAAGCAUUAUUCGACGCUGCGCACGCAGGAGACAAACUGGGUCUCCUCCAGAUAUUAGAGACGGGAGACGUCAGCAUCGACGUUACAGACGCUGAGCUGACAACACCGCUUAUGCUGGCAUGCAUAGGCAACCAUGUAGACUGCGUAGAAUUAUUAAUUGAAUUUGGAUCUUUUGUUGAUGCAAGAAGAUCAACUGGAUCUUCGGCCUUAUUUCUUGCCUCACAAUGCGGCCAUUAUGACGUCGUUAAUUUAUUGUUAAAUAAAGGAGCUCUUAUUGAUGGCAUGUCAAACAAUGGUGGAACAGCAUUGCUUAUUGCAUCACAAAUGGGACAUUCUGAAGUGGUUCAACUACUUUGUAAUAAACGCGCAAAUGUUCAUCUUGCGUUAAAAGACAGGACUUCUCCUAUUUUUGUGGCAGCCCAGAACGGCCACCUCGAAACUGUACGUGUACUAGAGUGCCAUCGUGCGGAUGUUAAUUGCCGGAGAGUGGAUGGGAUUUCCCCUCUUUGGAUUGCAAGUCAAAUGGGGCAUUCCCAUGUGGUGAAGCACCUUAUUGAUAAUGGGGCAUCGGUAGACAGACCACGGAACAUAGAUGGGGUAACACCAUUGUUCAAAGCAGCUUGUAAAGGUUAUGCUGAUAUUGUGGGCUUCAUCUUAAGUAAACAUCCAAACCUAACAGUACAGAAGUGUGGAUACUCCCCACUACACGCAGCAGCUUAUUUUGGAUACGAAGAUGUUGUUGAAUUACUGCUUGAUUAUGGAGCGAAAACUAAAUCAAGAGACAAAAACGGUUUGGACCCAGCGGAACUUGCCCUCGCUGAAGGCCAUGAAGCGAUUUCAAAACUCAUCAAAAUGAACCAACAGCCCGGCUUAUACUAAACGCACGUUUUGCAUGCUUUGGAACAAUAAAUGAUUUUAAUAUGG